UUUCCCAAUUGUUCAUAAUGGAAAAUUUGUCUAGCUAGGAUUGGAAAACAUCCCAUUGAAUAUUCGACAAUUCCGACGACCCUGGACAGCAAUCCUUAUAAGAGAUUUCAAAGACUAGUAUUGGACGGCUUGCCAAACGAGUGCUGGCCUACUGUACCCGAAUUGCUGGGUGUUUCCGCUGUUUCUGAUUUUGCUUCGGUCGAUCAGUAUGUUGCGUUACAAGCGUCGCAAUUAGUCAGCUAUACGAGCAUCUUACUGUUAGAGCCUGUGGACAACAUCCGUCCUUCCUCAGGCGUACUCUAUUUGCCUGUUAGGGAUUAAAAUCCAAGCAUUAGGGAUGCUCACAGUCAGAGCACUUUCGGCCGGCCUGGUCCGUCGAUCUACCUCUCUAGUAGAUAGAGACGAGAACAGACUGUCGUGUUUCCGGUCAAGACCCGUUCUUAUCGAAAAUUGGCCUUCUCGGUUGAUCGUGGUGUCGAUUCGCCGCUACACCCCAUUCCGAGUCAGGCUCCGCCAAUAAGACCGCAAGGCAUCUUUACAAACAGCUUCAUUUGAACAUACGCCGGCACACGAGAACCGCAGUCUCAAUGAUAGAAAUGUCAAGACUUAUUAUUAGUAGGGCUUUUCACGAACGACGUGAGAGCAGUGUCAAGAUUGACUACCGGACUUGUCAGACUUAUUGAAAAAUAAAACGAGUCUUGCUAUGCCUUCAUCGGGGCUUUUCAACAAUUCCAAGACCCCCUACCUCCAGGGGCCGGAAAACGUAGGAGGGUCGCACAUAAUUCCGAACUUGUGCCUAAUCUACAUUACUUUGUCUAAUCGUAGCAAAGAUUGUCUAUUUGCGCUAACUGUAAAUUCCCCCUGUUCUGCCUAUCCUGAAUUCAAAGGUUUAAGGAAGCGGACGUCCAGUAACAUUUUACAAGGUUGUAGUUCCAUUAUCAGACACGCUGGGCUGGACCCAUCGCUAUUGGUUCAUAUGGCCAAUAUACCUGCGGAAAAAGAAUUUCUUGUGGGCUUUCAGCCCGUCUCGCCGCAAAGGAAAAAGGGAGUUCGAUUUCUCGAAAAGCGACUGAUGCAACGAUUCGGUAUAGGUCCUGACCGGGCUCGAGACGUCAUGCGGGAAGCGCGAGGCAAACUGCGCACAGACCACAGCAAGGCCUAUUCUAAACGGUUGGAGGAAGAGUGCGUGAUAGUGAUUCUGCGGCCCAAUGAAUCAACCAGAUUGUUGGACGAUUCGUUCGCCAACUUAUCGAUCACAGAAGCCUGCUUGAAAAUGGAAAGUUCUUUGACCACUGAGCAGUCCAAAAAAACGCCUCCAAAACCUUUCGAAGCAACUUUGUCAGAUUUUUUUGUCACCCAGUAUGGCCCACUCAAGACCAAAGCGGAUGCCGACGACGCCACGCAGCAGUCAAGGCAGUCCGUCCGCAGUCCCAAGACGACUCAAGCUUCGGCUCCAGAGCUGCGAGGUAAAUCUCGGGAGGGGUCUGUUCGUGCCGGUAAACAGAGACUUCACGAUUUCGGAAAAACCUGGUCGCCGAGCUCACGGGUUGAAGCGCGUCCCAGCGUAGAAGCAAGAAGAACGAAAGUGACAGGAGCGCAAGCGUACAAAUCAACAGCAGCGCCAGUUUUUUCAGACCAACGUGAUACAGUCGAUCAGUUCCCUUCAUGUCGAUCUCCGAAGCACGAACCAGCUUUGUCAGUGGCCGCCAAUCCUUCAAAAUCGUAUGUCAACUCGUCUCGUUUGCAGAAGGCCAAAUCGUAUCGAACUUUUCUCAAACCAAUGGAAAGAGGGCAAGACUCAUCCAAUUCAACAUUGUCAACUACUAGUGCCGGUGGUGAUUCUUCUCCGAUAAAGAAAAAAUCCUUCAACAGGGCUCGCCCGUGCCGUCGAGGUGAAGGCGCUCUGGUUGCGUUGAGAAAAACCUUGUCCGUGACCGACUUGUUUCGAUCCUUUCGCAAGCCGAAGGGAAGCAUGCAGUCUACUGUAAUGGAUGCUAGUGAUGACGAUGACUCUCUAUAUAUCGACUAAAAGGUAAUGACAUUAAGGCACCACCUCAAUUUAUAGCACCAAUUUUGGAAU